CCCCUCCCCCGACCCGUAGCCCCCUCUUUAGGCGCUCCCUCGGCAUCGGGCCAAAGGGGGAGCCCCUCUUUACUUCGCUAGCCUGUCAGGCGGGAACCUGGGGAACUUCCGCGGCCCGCCCCGGCCUCUCCAGCCCGGUGGUGGAGAGAGGGACCCCAAGUUCCUCUUCCCCUGCUCCCGGAAUGUGAGGGGCUCCGCCAGUCGGAGGCCCCCUCCCUACCGAGUCCUCUCUGCACAGCAUUGGACCCCGCCCCACGCUCCCAGGGACCACGACAGCCAGAGGCACUGGCCAUGGCAGGUCGGGGAGGCGCAGCUCGGCCCAACGGACCAGCUGCAGGGAACAAGAUCUGCCAGUUCAAGCUGGUCCUGCUGGGGGAGUCAGCGGUGGGCAAGUCCAGCCUCGUACUCCGCUUCGUCAAGGGCCAAUUCCACGAGUACCAGGAGAGCACCAUUGGAGCGGCCUUCCUCACGCAGACCGUCUGCCUGGACGACACGACGGUCAAGUUUGAGAUCUGGGAUACGGCCGGCCAGGAGCGGUACCACAGCCUGGCGCCCAUGUACUACCGGGGCGCCCAGGCGGCCAUCGUGGUCUACGACAUCACCAACACGGACACGUUCACGCGGGCCAAGAACUGGGUGAAGGAGCUGCAGCGACAGGCCAGCCCCAGCAUCGUGAUCGCACUGGCAGGGAACAAGGCCGACCUGGCCAGCAAGCGGGCCGUGGAGUUCCAGGAUGCACAAGCCUACGCAGAGGACAACAGCCUGCUGUUCAUGGAGACCUCCGCCAAGACUGCCAUGAACGUGAACGAGAUCUUCAUGGCCAUAGCCAAGAAGCUGCCCAAGAAUGAGCCUCAGAAUGCCGCAGGCAUGCUGGGGCGGAACCGAGGCGUGGACCUGCAGGAGAGCAGCCCGGCCAGCCGGGGCCAGUGCUGCAGCAACUGAGCCCCUGCACAGCCCUCACCCUGACCAUGACCGCCGGAAUCCAUGCUAACCAAUCGCACUUAACUCCGCCGCGGGCCGCGGGCCAGGAGGCUCGUGAUUUCCCCACCUGACUGAUCUGGGCCGGGGAGUUGAUCCACCUGCACCUUCUGUACAAAUACUAAUUCAAUUUGAAGUCUUAUGUCACUUUUUUAAUAUAUGUGAUCUCUGCUCUCCCCUCCCCCUUUGUCCCGCUCUGCGCUGGUCCUUCAGGAACAGCCUAUGCUCCUGUCCCGCCUGCCUGUAGGGCAGGGGGGAGCGGGGACCCCUCUGUGUCACUUGCCAGAGGGCGGACUCAGAGCAGCCAUGUCCUCACCUCGGGAGCAGCCCCCCUGGGCAGCUCUCCCUGGGGUGCUGCCCCCACUGGCCAGCUCUGGGCGUGAGGGGACCACAGCAUUAGCGCCGUGUCCGUGGGACAGCUGCACACCAUGGCCAUGGUGCGCCCCGCCCCGUCACCCUGACCUCUGCUCUGAGCCCUGUUCUGACCAAAUCAUGAUGGGUAUUGGGGGGUAGGGGCACAGGAGGGGACGGAACCAACUUUUUCUGUAUUUUGUACUGUAUGUUUCUUCAACAUGUGACCAAUCAGUAUCUUGUCAAUAUAGUCAGCCAAUGGAUGGAC